AGGAGCCCUCCUGGAUGAAAACAGCCCUGGAUGGGAUCCUGGCGGUCGGCAGACUCUUUUUGCCAGGAAUCUCCGGCAAGGCGGUUGGGUUCGUCUCGAACCUGUUCAGGCGCUUGUGAUCAAAGCCUCCCAGCAACGCCCCCUCCCCUCGAGGCCUCUUCUGCUGCUGCCUUUGGCCCAUGGAAGGGCAACUCUCCCACAUCUCUAGGCUUCUCCCCCUCCUCACCAGAAAGGAAGGCACCUUCCCUGGGGCCCCUGUUUCCCCAUCCUCCUCCUCCUCUGGGUCUGCCUCUCUGUGGCCCCCCUGAGGCCCAUGACAGGGAUCCAAGAGGGCUCCAGGCAGCUUGGACCGACCUUGCUGCCCUCCCCCCUUUCCAGGUUCCCUUCCCAUAUGGCCCAUCCGCUCUGCCUCAUCGAGAACCGCCCGGGCGGGAGGCUGGUGCUGCGAGAGGAGGCCCUGGCGGUCCUGCAGCGCAUCCGGCAGCCGGUGGUGGUGGUGGCCAUUGUGGGGCUCUACCGGACCGGGAAGUCCUACCUCAUGAACCGCCUGGCGAGCCAGCAGAAGGGCUUCUCCCUGGGGUCCACGGUGCAGGGCAAAACCAAGGGCAUCUGGAUGUGGUGCCGCCCCCAUCCCCAACGGAGUGACCACACUCUGGUGCUGCUGGACACGGAGGGCCUGGGGGACACAGGGAAGGGCAACACGCAGAACGAUGCCUGGAUCUUUGCGCUGGCCAUCCUGCUGAGCAGCACCUUGGUCUACAACAGCAUGGGCACCAUUGACCAGAACGCCCUGGAGAAGCUCCAGUAUCCUUCCCUUGGGGGUGACACAGAGCAGAUCAGAAGGUGCAACGAGCCCCGGUUGUGCAUCCGCAAGUUCUUUCCUUCCCGGAAGUGCUUCACUUUUGUCUGGCCAACUACCAUGAAUAACUUGCAGCGGCUGGAGGAGCUGCAGGAGGAAGAUUUGGAAGAGAGGUUCCGGGAAGCAGUGGCCCGUUUCUGCAAACACAUCUGGGAGACCUCCAAGUGCAAGAUGGUCCCCGGGGGCCAACCCGUGACGGGAGCCAUGCUGGCCAAGUUGGCGGAGACGUACGUGGAGACCAUCUGCAGUGGUAAGGUGCCCUGCUUGGAGAGUGCGGUGCUGGUCUUGGCAGAGAUGGAGAACACGGCUGCCAUGGAGGAGGCUGUGGCUCACUAUGGGAAACUGAUGGAGGAGAGGCUGAGCCUGCCCACGGAGAGCGUUCCAGAGCUGCUGGGGGUCCAUGCUGAAUGUGAGAAGGAGGCCCUCCAGGUGUUCAUGGCACGUGCUUUCAAGGAUGAUAAGAGCCACUUCCAGGCUAAACUCAUGAAAACCCUGGAUGACCGGAAGGAGGAAUACUGCCGAAGGAAUGAGCAAGAGUCCAUUAAACGCUGCCAGGCUCUGUUGGCCACUCUCUGCGUGGAGCUGGAGGAGAAGGUGCGCAGCGGGGUCUACUUCCAGCCCAACGGACACAGGCAGUUUGUGGCCGACCUGAAGGACGUUGAGGGAAGAUACCGCCAGAAGCCAAAGAAGGGGGUGAUGGCAGAGGCAACCCUGAAGCAGUUCCUGGAGGACAAGGAGGCCAUCGGCAGAGCCAUUCUCCAAAGCGACACAGCCCCCAGCGAGAAGGAGAAGCAAAUGGAAGAGGCCCAGGCGCAGGCAGAGGCAACCAAGAGGGAGCAGGAGGUCCAGCGGCAGAGGCAGGCUGAGCUGGAGCAGAAGGUGCAGGACCAGCAGCGGAGCUACGAAGAGAACGUCCAGCAGCUGAAGACCAAGAUAGAGCAGAAUCGGAAGCAGCUCCUGGAGGAGCAGAAGAAGAUGGUGGAGAGCAAGCUGGCGGAGCAAGAGGCGCUGCUGAACGAGGGGUACCGGAAGGAGGCUGAGCAGAUGAUGAAGGAGAUCCAGCGCCUGAGGGAGGAGAGCGCCAAGAUCAAGGAUCCCUCCUGGUUGAAAAACGUCCUGAAGGGGAUGGUGACAGGCCUCAACCUCAUUUUGCCAGGGAUCGCCAGCAAGGCGAUUAGGGCCAUCUCAAAGCAGUUCAGGCACCCGUGA